AUGGUGAUCCAAAACAAUCGCAUCGUCUCCUCCUUCAACCCCCGUCUCCUCUUCUCCUGCUCCCUCAUCGCCCUAUCCCAAGUAAACUUCGGCAUGGACCAAGGCGCCUUUAGCAACACGCAAGCAAUGGGUGUCUUCACGCAGAAGUUUGGCGAGUACAAUCCCGAUACAGACGCCUACGCGCUCAAUCCCACCUAUCUCUCGCUGCUCAACAGCUUGCCGUACAUAGGGUUCGCAGUGGGCCUGGCGUGUGGCGGGUUCGUCAGUCGACGAUUCGGUCGUCGCAUGAGCAUGUUCGUCAUGUGUCUCUGGGCACUGGUCGGCGCUACUAUCCUCGUCACGGCGCAGAGCAAGGCGCAAAUGCUGGCGGGUCGCAUCGUGGCGUACGUUUACAUCGGCAUGGAGCUGGCCGUCGUUCCGGUCUUUCAGUCGGAGAUUGUACCUGCGCAGGUGCGUGGGUUCGUCGUGGGAACGUAUCAGGCUGGGCUGUUGGUCGGCCAGCUGCUCAUGUCCAUCAUUUGUCGCGGAACAAGCGAUCUCAAAGGCGACGCGUCCUGGAAGAUCCCGUUAGGACUACUCUACAUCAUCCCCAGUAUCGUAGCAUGUUCGGUAUGGUUCAUGCCGGAGUCCCCUCGCCUCCUCAUGCUGAACUCCCAGCCCGAAAAAGCCCAACAAGCCCUCCAAUCCCUUCGCCGAGGCCGCUUCUCCGCCGAGCAAAUCGAGCACGAAUUCCAGCAGCUGCAAAACGCCCUGGCCGCGACCAAAACACCCGAGAACGACUGGCAGAUCAAGGAGAUCUUUCAGGGCUGGAACCUGCAGCGCACGAUGAUCACGAUCGGCACGAAUGUCUUCAUGCAGCUGACGGGGCAGAACUUCGUCAGCCACUACGGCCCCAUCUUCAUUCAGUCCUUGGGCGCCGUGAACCCGUUCAGCAUGUCUUGUAUCAACUCGGGAAUUAAUAUCGUCGUGGUGCUGGUGACGAUGGGGUUAGUGGAUCGUGUGGGUAGAGUCCCCCUCAUGCUCCUCGGCUCCCUCACCCAACUCACUUCCCGCCUCAUAAUGGGCAGCCUCGGCACCCUCUCCACGCCAUCCGGAACCAUCAAAGCCGUAAUAACCGCAACCGUGACCGUCUUCGGCGCCGGCUACUCCCUGGGCUGGGCCCCUCUCUCGCACGUCGUCGCCGCCGAAACCCCGACCUCCCGACUGCGCGACGUCACCUACACGACGGGGACGCUGUUCAACGUCGUCAUCCAGUUCGGGGUGUCGUUUGCCGUGCCGUAUCUCCUGUACGAGCCGGCUCGGCUGGGGAGUAAAGUGGGGUUUAUAUUUGCGGGGUGUGCGCUUGGGGCGGUUUUGUUUACGUGGUUUUGUGUGCCGGAGGGGAGGGGAAGGACGUUGGAGGAGAUGGAUGAGUUGUGGGAGAGGGGGGUUAGGGUUAGGGAUUUUAGGAGGAGGGAUUUGUAG